AUAUCAAGCAAAUUCAUCUUGUGUGAUCAUGUCCGUAAUUCUCAUGACCACUCUGUUUUACAAAGCAUUGAUAUUACAAUGAAAAAUUUGAUGCUGAUCACUCUUAGGGCUUUUUAAGAAGGUUAAAUGAUCGCCUUCUUCAGCGUUCCUCUGGCAAUAAUCACUUGAUAUUGAUCACGGCUUUUUGACCGCUUGCUGCUACUCUUCAUCAAGCAAAGGCGACGAAUAAUAUAAAUAAAUGACAUUUUGUUGCCACACCUGUGUAAGACGUUAAACGCACAGGAUCACCAGGACUUGAUUUUCACAUACACUUAUUUUGGUUCUAGGGUUUGCCUGGUCUUCCUGGAAGACGAGGAGAAACUGGAGAUACCGGAGAAAUGGUUUGUUUGUUUUGAUGGAUUUUUUAUGUUUAUUUUAAAAAAUCACAAAGUUCCGUUGUCCCUUGUUUUGACAAUUUGCCAUUUGCAACAUGUGUGACCUUUCCUCAGGCUAACUGACACUUAAUGCGUAGAUUUUAGGGGCCCAAUACCGACUGACACCUUGUGCGUAGAUUUAAAGGGAGUUGAAUUGCCGUCUUUAUCAAAUUAUGAUGAUGUAUGAGAUUUGUUUGCACCCUAGCGGCUUUCCACCAUUAUAACAACUGUCCCUCAAACUGCCAUAAAAUCUUACCGUUUAAAGUUUAAAGUUCAGCAAAAUUGUCAGACCCACUAUGUUUUGCUCUGUGGUACUUUGAUGCAAUUCUACUCCAAAAUUGUCUUAGGUGCUUCUUGGGAAAGAAGACGUGAGAAUUAUUUCAGUUUAUCUCCUUGUUUUCUCCUCCUUUACACCCACGACUGUUCAAAUCAGCACCUGUUCCCCUUGCUUGGAGGCUUCUGGCUUUUAUGCUAGAAUUUGCCAACCAAAUCGGCGGUUUCCACCUAAGAACUGGCUAGAGUGAAAAAUUCUGUAUGCCAUAAGCAUCCAACCCCCCCUUGUGAUGUGAUUGCUCACGCGUACCGUGUUUACUGGAAUCCGCGCCGUCCCGAAUAAGCGCUGCAUUUGGGAGAACUAAGGACGGCUCCCGAAUAAGGGCGCAUCCGAUAUAAUCAAAGUCAAAAGACGUUUAGUUCUAUUAGUUUAAUUCAGAAGAAUAAUAAUACCGGCGUUAAAACAAUUCUUUGUCGCGUCCAACUUUCAAAUAAGCGCCGCAUUUAAGGCGUGGGAAAUUCAAUAAGCGCAGCGGCGCUUAUUCGAUUAAAUACGGCAAUUCGAUCAACGGGCUGCUAAACUGUUCUUGGUGAUUGCCUCAUUUAGGGUAUCCGAGGAGCUGCCGGAAAUCUUGGACAAGAUGGCGAGCAAGGACGUUCUGUAAGUUUUGUCUAGGAACUUUUGGUGGUUACCAGCCGCUGUUCGAGAAAUGAGCCCGCACUCCUCUUAUGAACAGUCUCUUCUCGAGGAGGAUCGAGAAAACGGCGGAAAUCGAGCCUAAAUUUAGAUCUUUAAAUCAAAAUUCUUUUGUGUGAGCGUGUAUGGUUGCGUUGAACACAAUACCUGUAAUCUUAGGUGUCCUGUCUCGGUUGUCACUAAGGGCCGGGAGCAGGGGAUUUCCCCCGGCUACUCAGAGCAUGGUCCCCGGCUACUUUCGUCGUUAAAUGAAACCAAAAGAGCACACCUUUGAAACACACAAAGACUAUCCAUCAAACUAAAUGCAAGUUUCAUCUGCAGCAGGUUUAAGUAAUUCUGAAAUACUCGCGUGCAAAAACUAAGAAAUGUCGGAAAAAGACAUCUGACUUAGAUUUGGUACUAGUACAAACGUGCGAAAACUCUCCGUUCGCGAAAUUAAUGUCAGCAGGGAGUUUUAGCAACGACGACGGCGACGGCAACGCGAACGUCAAAAAAGCAAUAGUUUUAUUGAGUAAAACAACAAGUUUGUACGUGGAUCACGAUCAUUGCCGUUACCGCACGACUGCGACGUGAAAAUGCCUAGUUUCACGUUUUAUGGAGGACUUAAACAGGUGACGACAAACUUUUCCUUCUCCUUCUAAUCGACCCUAAAUUUCGAUCUCUAAAUCAAAAUUCUUUUGUGUGAGCGUGUAUGGUUGCUUUAAACACAGCACCUGUAAUCUUGGGUGUCCUGUUCUACCAAGUGCUGAUCUUUUUCUAACGGGAAAAAACGAUCACGUGCUAAGCUACGAAAAACAAAAUCCACAUGCAGAAAUUUUGACUUAUCUUUUUUUUCUCUGCCAAAAGAUUUGGCACACCUUUGCGAUAUAGGAUCACGGAGCCUUUUCCAAGCGAGUACUUAUCCGCUGGCUUUAAGUUGAAGAUGUCAACGAAGUUAAGGUUUUCUAUUGGAAAUAUCAUCGAAUUAACUCUGUGACUUUUUAGUGGUCAUCCACUUAAUAGAUACCAGAACCUCGAAUGCAAUCUAUUAUAUACGGUUCCCACUGGUCUAUGCUGAAUUUUCUUUUGGCAUUAAUGGAAGUAGUUAAUUGGCCAUUCUCAGGGAUUACCUCUCGAUAAAAAUUGCCCAAGGAAAAACCUGAGCACGUUUUGUUUAAAAUUUAUUUCAGGCAUGCGAUGUUUUUCUUAUUUUUUGUGUAAACGCAGCGCGCUUGAGUGAAAGAUUUGUACACGAAAUAAAAAUAAUUUCGCGUGUUGUUUACUAAAAGGUUGUUGGAUAUGAAAUUAUAUUACAGGGGUAUCCGGGGGCUCGUGGGCCUGCUGGUGCAAAAGGAGCUAAUGGACUUCCGGUUGGUGCUUCUUUUUUUUUUUUUUUUUUUUUUGUGCUAGAAAUUGGGCAAAUUUUUUGUUGCCAACAUUUUUUCUAAAAAUGCCUUUUUUAAACAAAGUACUUAGGCAGCAGUAGAGUUAAGGUUAGACAACUCACUAUUGUUCUCGUCAUUUUCAGGGUACACCUGGAGAAAAUGGUGAUCCAGGUACAGACGGCGAUGAUGGAGAAGAAGUAAGAAAAAGUCCUUACUUAACCCUUUCCCUCCCAAAAGUAGAAAUUUCGGAAUUUCAUUUUUGCAAAAGGCUAAAAACAAAUAGUAUUACUGACUUGAAAGUGCCGCCAAAGAGGUUUUAUUUGAAUGGUCGUACCAUAGGAUUUGGUCCUCAGACUCAAAAGUUAGAACUACAUACUAAAUAAAUAGUACCAUGUGAAAGUACUGCUGAAGAGGUUUCAUUUGAAUGGUAACACCAUAGGAUUUGGUCCACAGACUCAAAAGCUAGAACUACCUACUAAAUGAAUAGUACCAUAAAUGAAUUUCAUUUGAAUGGUAACCCAUGUUUGGUCCACAGACUCAAAAAGCUAGAACUACCUACUAAAUGAAUAAUACCAAUGUGAGAAGUUUUUGGCCCACAGACUCAAAAAAGCUAGAACUACCUUAAAUGAAUAGUACCAUGUGAAACCAUAGGUUUCAUUUGAAUGGUAACACCAUAGGAUUUGGUCCACGGACUCAAAAGCUAGAGCUUACUAAAUGAAUAGUACCAUGUGAAAGUACUACUGAAGAGGUUUCAUUUGAAUGGUAUGGUUUCAUCCAUAAAGCUAUUUCAUCCACAGACUCAGAACUACCUACUAAAUGAAUAGUACCAUGUGAAAGUACUGCUGAAGAGGUUUCAUUUGAAUGGUCACACCAUAGGAUUUCAUCCACAGACUCAAAAGUUAGAACUACAUACUAAAUAAAUAGUACCAUGUGAAAGUACUGCUGAAGAGGUUUCAUUUGAAUGGUAACACCAUAGGAUUUGGUCCACAGACUCAAAAGCUAGAACUACCUACUAAAUGAAUAGUACCAUGUGAAAGUACUGCUGAAGAGGUUUCAUUUGAAUGGUAACACCAUAGGAUUUGGUCCACAGACUCAAAAGCUAGAACUACCUACUAAAUGAAUAGUACCAUGUGAAAGUACUGCUGAAGAGGUUUCAUUUGAAUGGUAACACCAUAGGAUUUGGUCCCUACUAAAUGAAUAGUACCAUGUGAAAGUAAAAAGGUUUCAGAAUGGUAACACCAUAGGAUUUGGUCCACAGACUCAAAAGCUAGAACUACCUACUAAAUGAAUAGUACCAUGUGAAAGUACUGCUGAAGAGGUUUCAUUUGAAUGGUAACACCAUAGGAUUUGGUCCACAGACUCAAAAGCUAGAACUACCUACUAAAUGAAUAGUACCAUGUGAAAGUACUGCUGAAGAGGUUUCAUUUGAAUGGUAACACCAUAGGAUUUCAUCCACAGACUCAAAAGCUAGAACUACCUACUAAAUGAAUAGUACCAUGUGAAAGUACUGCUGAAGAGGUUUCAUUUGAAUGGUAACACCAUAGGAUUUCAUCCAAAGACUCAAAAAGUUCGAACUACUGCUGAAGAGGUUUCAUUUAAAUGGUUACACCAUAGGAUUUCAUCCAGAAUCAAAAGUCAGAACUACAUACUAGAUAAAUAGUACCAUGUGAAAGUACUGCUGAAGAGGUUUCAUUUGAAUGGUAACACCAUAGGAUUUGGUCCUCAGACUCAAAAGCUAGAACUACCUACUAAAUGAAUUCAUCCACAGACUCCAAGAGGUUUCAUUUGAAUGAACUACAUACUAAAUAGAUAGUACCAUGUGAAAGUACUGCUGAAGAGGUUUCAUUUGAAUGGUAACACCAUAGGAUUUCAUCCACAGACUCAAAAGUUAGAACUACAUACUAAAUAAAUAGUACCAUGUGUAAUUACUCCCGAAGACGUUUCAUUUGAAUGGUCAUACCAUAGGAUUUGGUCCACAGACUCAAAAGUUAGAACUACAUACUAAAUAAAUAGUACCAUGUGUAAUUACUCCCGAAGACGUUUCAUUUGAAUGGUCAUACCAUAGGAUUUGGUCCACAGACUCAAAAGUUAGAACUACACACUAAAUAAAUAGCACCAUGUGAAAGUACUGCUGAAAAGGUUUCAUUUGAAUGGUAACACCAUAGGAUUUGGUCCACAGACUCAAAAGCUAGAACUACCUACUAAAUAAAUAGCACCAUGUGAAAGUACUGCUGAAGAGGUUUUAUUUGAAUGGUAACACCAUAGGAUUUGGUCCACAGACUCAAAAGUUAGAACUACAUACUAAAUAAAUAGUACCAUGUGAAAGUACUGGUGGAGAGGUUUCAUUUGAAUGGUCACACCAUAGGAUUUGGUCCUCAGACUCAAAGGUUAGAAUCGCCUUACAGUUUAAUAACAAGUACAUGAAUAACAAGUACAAUUAAGAAAUGAUCGGAAAAAAAUCCGAGCCCCGGCGAGAAUCGAACCCACGACCUUCCAGAUACCGGUAGGACCCACUAACCACUGAGCUAUGGACAACUCACAUGGCGAGCAGGUCGCAGGUUUUGGGGUAGCCACAGGACUUCCCAUCUUCGCGAGUACAUUGGAGCACGCUGACUUCCUCACAUCGCGCAAGGACCUUAAGAAAGUUUAGUGUACAUUUUGAUGCCAACCAACCACCCAACUGUGAUGAAAAUAAGAAAUAGAUAUUAAGUACAAUUAUUAUUCAUUCAAAAUAUUUCCCCGAUUCUGAUUGGCUAAAAGCACAUGUUUAAUUCACCAUAACCAGUUACUGACGACCAAAUUUGGAAGAAUUUUGUGUUUAGCGAGGAAAUGACGUCAAAAAUGCAGCGUUCUUGCAGGUUAAUGUACUGUUAACCAAGAAGACCUGGGGACGAGGUUUAGUUGUUUUGGUUGUGAACUUGAAAAAUGGCUGACAUUUCACUCGUUUCAAGAGUAAGAACUAGGCGAAAAAAUAGCUAAAAACAUGGCAAGAAUAGCAAGAAGACAACUCGAAGGGCGAGAUCUGCUAUUUGGAGAAUAUUUGCGGAGCUGAACAAUUCUAAACAUGCACUAUCAAAGAUGAACUUAACAUCGAUGGAUCGAUGUAGGUAAGCAUGUUUUUAAACUAGGAAUUAUUUUGAAUGAAUAAUAAAACAAUUAUUGAAUUCGGCUUUCGUAUCAUAUGAAGAAUUAUGGCGAUCUCGGGGGGUGUUAUCCGCCUCGGCCUACGGUCUCGACAGAUAACACCCUCCUCGAUCUCCAUAAUUCUUCAUAAAUACUCAGCCUCAUUCAUUAAUUGUUCAUUAACAAACGCUCGGGGGGAAAAUUUAUCUUUUUCUUAUUAUCAACUUUGACUCUCUGUUUUUCAUGUGUUACUAGGGCGUUAGAGGAGAUAGAGGACCCCCUGGAAUCAACGGGAAUGCUGGAUCUCUCGGGCCAACAGGACCAACUGGUGAAAAGGGUGCAGAAGGCAAGCCGGGAGAAAAUGUGAGUGUCAGGCAAUUGACUGUUUCACGGUUUCUUCUUACCUUAAAGGAGCUGUGUCACGAAAUUAAGCCAAAUUAGGUAAUUACAAAAUGCCGUUAAAUUAAGAGAAACGUAAAAAUAACUGCUUAAAACAUUAAAGGAAGAUUAAAAUAACACAACAGAUAAAACAGAUGCCACGGAUGGGCAAAACUGAAGAAGAUUGAAACACAUUGAAAUUAUGGUUUUUGAAAACUGUUCAGCCUAACAGUUUUUCAAAGUUGAUCUCUGCUGUUUUAACUUCAAAAAUAAUGCUCAGGAAACAUAUUUGUUUGUCUCGAAUGUCUGAUUUUGUCAUUUCCAUGUAAUUUCCUUGCUUACUUUAAGUUCCAUACCGAUUGAGGGCGAGUAAUUGGCAAACUUAAACAAAAUGAUGUGGACUGCCGUGACACAGCCCCUUUAACUUUUGUUAAAGAGCAGUAGGCGAACACCCAUCGACACUCCUGGAGUACGGUAACUUACCGAGUUUAAGGGUAUUACGUCUAAAGUGGGGGAAAAUACUGCUCCACAAAAUCGCGAAAUUUUACAGACGAACGCUUGUAUGGUGGGGGCACAAACUUGCGCCCCCUCCCCUCCGCCCCCUUCACAAACCAUAGUUUAUUUUUCAACAAAUCGCUUUCAAACUUGGCAACAUUACUACCCCGCGAGCAGAGGCUACAUUUUCGCUGUGUGAGCUGUCGUGCGAAAAGUAGCCUCUGCUGACAACCAUUCAAUUUUCUAUCGUGCCUGCGCGAAAUUCAUCACGCGAUUUGCAAGGAAAAUUUAUCGUCAGGUCUGUCGUCAAAUGGCGCUAGUUUCGCGGGUAUAAAAAAAAUGCGACAACUCUGAUCUGCUACGCAAGACUCACACAAUGCUGUGAACCGGAAAAAACCCGUUUUUUUAAUUUAUUCGUUCACAUUUCCGGACGGAUUUGAACGGUUGUCGGCAGAGGCUACGUUUCGCACGACAGCUCGCACAGCGAAAAUAUAGCCUCUGCUCGCAAGGUACAACAUUAUAGAGAUUAAGAUUCACCUUAACGCCAAACAGCAAGUGAUUAAGUUUUCCCCUUAUUUUUCGUUUACUGCUUAUUGCUUCUACAUAAAAAUAAGUACUUUUAUGCCAGUUUUAUCCAAAAGAAUCGUUCUGGACUGUUUUUAUCUGCUUAUUUUCUAUUCGAAGAAAUUCUCAACUGACGUUUGCCGUUUGCCGUAUGCCUUAAACGUGAAUCUUAAUCUCGCUAUUACUGAUUCAACCCGUUCGUUCCAGCCGUGUUGAUGGAUUUUCGCUAACCAGUCUCAGUCAAAGGUUGAAAAACCCGUGUAAUGAUCUAUUGACCCAAAUUAUAGGCCCUAGUUGUUCCAAAGGCGGAUAACUGACGAUAUCCACCGGAUAUAUGUCUAUCUACUAAUUUAUCCGGUGGGUAGUGCUAUCCGGCUGUUAAACAACUGAGGCCAGGAGUAUUUUUCGAUUAAGUGCUUUUUUUUUCCGAGACUUGAUUUUGAAUCCGGAGAUAUGGGCGACUAGAAAGUGCAGUCAGUAGGGUGGGGAUGAGGUCAAGGUAGGAUAUCUUGUGUUUAUAGUGCUCCCUGAUGAAAUUUGUUUGAUAUCCUCUUGAUAACGUUAUGAAAGACCAUUUUGACACAGGCUCUCGGCGAUAAUCUCAUACUGUUAGUUAAAUCAGUAGAUAUAUGUGUUUAAUCGCUUCGCUUGCAGCCGAGUCCACCGGAAAAGGCUAAAUGAGUUUAUAUUUUUUAUUCUGACAGGGUGUCCCUGGAGAAAACGGUGGUGACGGAGAACGAGGUGUUCAAGGUCCAGAAGUAAGCUUAACUAAAAGAACGGUUCCCGUGCUUCAGCGGAGGGUACUUCCUGUACCGUUAACUUCCGCUGAUAAGCUCCCCCCUUGCUUCAGCGGAGAGUACUUCCUGUACCGUUAACUUCCGCUGAUAAGCUCCCUGCUUGCUUCAGCGGAGGGUACUUCUGUACCGUUAACUUCUGCUGAUAAGCUCCCCCUUGCUUCAGGAAAGGGUACUUCCUGUACCGUCAACGUCCCCUUAUCUCCACCCUCCCCCUCACACACACACACACACGCGCGAUUAUAGGUCCAUCUACCUGCAAACAAAAAAAUACAUUCGAUUAUGAGCCUUCCCUGUAUUUAAUCCCCCUUCUAGCUUGUAUUGAACUGACUUCGAUAAAUCAUGACGUUUCCAAGCUUAAUUAAAAACCAGUCAAAUGCAAAACGCUUUUUGAUCAGCACUACUCUGGCUUGUCUCGAAGCGCUUUUUCUGUUCCCGUUAUAAGCUUCCUAGAAUAUAAGCCUCUUUCAGUUUUCGGGAAAUAUUCACGCAAUCCAGGCGUAGUUAGUCGGUAGAAAUCGAUAUCGGAAAUCAAUCGAUAUCAAUCGAUUUGAUCCGCGCCGAUUGUUAUCGAUUGAUAUCGAAAAUCGGUAGAUCAGAGUCAAAGAUCGGAGAAAAAUAAUUUGCCGAUUAUUAUCGAUGAACAAAAUGGAUUACUAUGGAUUGUUAUCGAUUAACUACGCCUGGCGCAACGGAUGAAGACUAACAGUCCAUCAGUUAUAAUCCUAAGCGCUUCUGUUAAGAACUCAGUACUUGAAUUUUUUGUUAUUGACUUAAAUAAGUGGUAAGCGACAAAACACAUUAGGGCCAUUUAUACGAGGAAAAAUAAGACGCGUCUUAAAUAAGACGCGAACUGUACCAUUUACACGAGCAUGUCUUAUCUAAGACAAGAACAGCUCGUAUAAAUGGUUGGCGUCUUAUUUCUGUUUUUGACUCGUUUUUAUGUGAAUGUUGCCCGUGGCAACGGCAAUCUAACGUGGCGCGCCAAAAAUUUACGCAUGCGUACUAUGCGUUCGCGUCUUAAGUAAGACGCGAAGUUCAUUUAUACGAAGUUUUUCUCGUCUUAGCUAAGACGCGUCUUACCUAAGAACAGGUGUUAAGGGCUGUUCUAAAAUAAGACGCGUCUUAGCUAAGCCGCGUCUUAUUUUAGACGAAAUGUGCCGUUUAUACGGAAAGUUCGCGUCUUAUUUUUCCUCGUAUAAAUGGCGCUAUUAUUAACAGGAUAAGCCCUUUUUUUGUACUUAUCCCAUGAAAUCAUGCAGAUGUUCUGUAGAUGAAUUCUGGUGAGUUUUAGUCCAACGUCGUCAUCGUGAAUUAAUUUCCGGAUGCCAAUUGUAAUAUUAGGUGUAAUUUGAUUACCCACGAAUCACUGAAACACUCGUUUAAACGUGUCUGUGCGUUCCAGAUCGAAUUGGAAUUUGGAAGUCCAGGUUUUUUUGGGAGAGGGGAAAACCGGAGUAACCGGAAAAAAAACUCUCGGAGCAAGGGAGAGAACCAAGAACAAACUCAACCCACGUAGGGCAAGGAAACUGGACCGAGUGAACUUUCACAAAGACUUCUGGGACUGUUACCAGGGACCGAGAAAGAAAUGGCCAAUAGCUGACCAGCGCGUCCCUAGUAACGAUCCCAUAAACACUUGCGGGGCGCAUGUCGUCUCCAGUCCCCUUCCCGUUUCGAAAGUGGCGUCUACGCCUUGAUUUCAACCCUGGCCACAAUAAUCGGAGGCGAGUGCCCUCUCCCUCUCUCACUCCUGCCCCACCCUUGCUCUUAGACUCUCCUUUAACAGAACUUACAAAUAUUUUUGUUAAUAUAUAGGGACCACCUGGUUUGCAAGGAGAUGAAGGUGAACCUGGACCCGUUGGACCUAAGGUAAGUCUACUCUAAAACGUUUUCCAUUUUUCAGUAAAAAUAGCACUGUGCUUUGUGCGCUUGGGGCAGACUGCUGACCUAAAUAGCAAAAAAUCGCAAUAAAACGUAGACAAAGUAAACUUAGACUAACUUGUUUGUUGUUGUUUUUUUUUUUUCAGGGUGAUUUUGGUUAUACUGGUGAACCUGGAAAGCAGGGAGCUCCGGGACCACUGGUACCGCAUAUGUAUAUUAACCAUUUAAGUCCCGAUAUCCACCUACAAAUUCUCCAGACUUAUCUCCAUACAUUUCCUUAAGAAAUUAGUUGAGAGAAUUUGAUAAAAGAUCAAAGCAUUUUUCCUUGAUCAGUUUAAUAAUUUUCAUCAACUUUUCUCUUGGUUUUGUAUUGAUAUAGUCAGGAAAAUUGUUUUUUGUCACUCUUGGGAACUCCACUUCUAAGAUAGACUUUCUUAAAGUCCUUUAUAAUUUUUUUUUCUGCUUAGUUAUGCCAUGUUAAGGGACUUUUAAUACUUGUUUGACGCGAAAUUCACUGGUAAAAAGUUCCACCGGUGAGGUCAUGACAAUUGACCAAUAGGAGAGUGAGUGAUGUUUGACGCCACUCCAGACACAGGAUUUGUCAAUUCUUUUUUCUUGUGACUCGUUUUUUUUUUUAAUUUUUCCCCUUUUCAUAAAAAGUAUUAGAGGAUUUGUGUUGUAGUGUAGGUUUGCACUUAAGACUAAACUGUGCUUAAAUUCGUUGACUUUGUUCGGUGAUUGUUUGUCAUUAAUUUCCGUACUUUUCGUCGGUAGGGUGAAGCGGGAGAUGACGGGAACAACGGAACAACAGGUCCCCCCGGACCUAAGGUAAUAUCCCUAUUUACUCUAGCAGUAGCCGCUAUGUAUAGCGGAAUAAUACCCGGAAUAAGGGUGGUACAAACUUUGCGCGCUGAGAACUUUAGAGGUUAAAUGUUCGGCUUAAGUUCAUAAUUUUGAGACAUUUUCGACAAAAUACCUUGUAGAAUCUUUCUUUAUUUGCUCUUUCAUGUGUUUAGGUUUUCUAAAGCGUCUUUUAAUGCCGUGACAUCUUCAUUCAUAACAUUCUAAAACUUUGUUGUCAUCUUGGCCCUAACACGCGCGGAACGUUGCCAUGGUAAUUUAGUAAUUUCACGUGUGAAAUUAUAUAUAAACGGUGAAGUUUCGCGCCAGAAUUAAGGAGUAAUUUGUCACCCAUGAUAUUAACAAAAUAAUCGCAUCAUUAUACGAAACUGCCCACCUACCCCUCCCCUAAGCCAACAUUAACUCUUACCUCUCACUUGGGGCAAAAUGUUGGCUUAAGGGAGGGGUAGGUGGGCAGUUUCCCAGAGACGUCUAAUGAUCCUUAUAAUCUAGACAGCCGUGCGUGACACAGCCCUUUCAUGUUGUCUUCUAUUUUGUUUUAUUAGGGUGGUGCAGGCUCCGCUGGUCCUCCUGGAUCACAAGGCUUUGCUGGACCAGAUGUAUUUUUCCAUCUUAGAAAAUAUUAUAUUUAUUAUUUUAUUAUAUCCAUUUUGAAAUCCCUGGUGAUCCUUCCAAGCCGAUUGGCUCUCAGGAGUGCGAUGUAUUCACGGGUCACACUAUUAUUUGCUCUAAAUCACAUCUGUUCUUAAUCGCGUCAUUUCUGUUUUAAAUCGCACCAUUUUCACCCUUUUUUGCAUCACUUCUGUUCCAAAUACAAAAUGAGAUAUAAAAACCUUUUUGUUUCCGCUUUUCAACAAACCAGCUACUAGAUCAAAAAAAUAUUGGUACUGACCGAAUUCUACGAUUUCAAAAUGGCUGUAAUAAAGUGGUAAUUGAACUUCGUGUCGCGCAAUUUUAGUCUGAAAUCAUACCCGUGAUUUCAAAUCGAACUCGCGCGUUGAAAAUCACGCGCAUGAUUUCAGACCAAAUUGUACUCCAGUCAGUUCAAUUACCAUUAUUAAUCUUUACGUCGCUUUGAUUUACAAAGGCAAAUAUUUCAAGAUAUUACUCUGUGGUACACUGGUUUGGCAGGCUCGUCGGCACGCGCUAAGGUAUCAUCCAUGGUAAAAAAAACAUUCAUCAUUUUUCGAAAUUUGGAAUCUAAAGAAGAUUAGAUAGAACUCUUCAAAAACUUCCUGGAAAAAAAAAAUCCAGCAAAAAAUUAUGUUUGCGGAGACUUGAAUGGAGCGAAAAAGAUUUUUUGUCACGGGUAAGACGCUGCAAAAAAAAUCUAUUUUCCCUAUUUUUCUCCAAAUGAAAAUCGGGCAACGUUGAGCGAACAUUUUGAGCGGUAAUCCGUGAACCAAUUUGGCUCAAUCUUAGACGUUUGGGUAUCGAAUCUUAAUGACCAUGAUAUUAACAAAACAGAAUUUGCUUAACUGGAAACAAAUGGAGAAAAGUAAAACAAUGGGUCAUAAGUAAAUGCAGUGGGAUCAUGUAAGUUAUGGACAUGCUGUUAAUAGCCUUUUUUGAUAAUCAGGGACAACAAGGACUUCAAGGUGACCCCGGAAAACAGGUAUUUUACUCAUAAAAUUUGGAUUAGGAAUUAUUUUCAAAUAAUGAGAGGAUUAAUUGUAGCGGGCGAGAGGACAACAGAUCAAUAUGAACGUAGACAACUUCCAUAAGUCAGUGUAUAAGCUCACUGUAAACCCUGGUCGAUUUAGAUUUCUGAGAAACUGCCCAUCUACCCCUGCCCUACACAGUAAUUUUCAGAGAGUUAUAAUAACUCCUCUAGUGGGGCUAAUUUAACUCCUUACAGUGGAGUUAUUUUUUGGGGAGUUAUUUUAACUCCAAAAAGGAGUUUAAAGAACUCUUUUUCAGGAGUAAAAGUGACCCCAGAUAUGGAGGAGUUAAAAUAACCCCAAAAAAGAAGCUAUCCUGUACCUAAAAUUUUUACUCCACUUUCAGAGUUAAAUUAACUCCAAAAAGAGUAAAAACAACCCAUGUAAGGAGUAAAAGUAACCCCAUUUUGGAGUGAUUUUAACUCCAGACUUUUUCAGGAGUAAAAAUGACCCCAAAUUCGGGGUUAAAUUAGGAGUUAAAAUAACCCCAAAAGGGGUUUUCCUGUACCUAAAAGUUUUUAAGUCAAGAUUAACUUACUUCUCACUUAGGGCAAAAUGUCGGGUUAGGGGAGGGGUAGGUGGACAGUUUCCCAGAAACCUACUACUCCCACUCCCUCCUUUAAAUCCACGAGAUACUUUUGUGUGAAGUUAUAGCGGAGGUAGAGAUAGACCACACCGCCGGGAACCUUUCGGUACUUGUAUCGAACGGCCGUGUGUGGUGUUUUUUACCUGCUCUUCGAAGCAGAAAUAAAAGAAGACAAGGGCAACAGAUCGAGCUAACAAUACAACCACCCAAUACCGCGGCGAUCUGUAACUAAGACACCCUUUUAAACACAACCCUGGUAGGUGAUCCGGUUGUGGCCUCCUGCUCGACAAACCUAUUGUCUACCAAAAAGGCUUCGGGCGGCGGUUUCAAAGGAAAAAUUCUUAAGAGAAUUAUUUCUGAUAGUUUUGAUAUGUUUACAAAGAAUUUUGUUACCUCAUCGCUUUCUUUGUAUUACUGGGAUAUCAGAUAGUAAAAAAGAAAUAACGUCAGUAUCAAUUGAAAACAGCCUAAGGAUAAAUGAUAAUGAUUUUCACAUCUCUUUUCUUUCAGGGAGAACGUGGCCGAACGGUAGGCUUUUUCUUAAGACGAUUCGUUGACUUUUUUGAGAGUCUUUUUGUCUGUUUGCGGUCCCUCUUACUUUGAAAUAGUUUAUUCAAUUUUUUUUCUUUCUUUCUUGUUUUUUUCCUUUGUAGGGUAACGAUGGAGAAGUUGUAAGUAUUGCAAAUGUUAUUUUUUUAGCGUCUGAAUGCAGUUGUUUUUGGAGUUUACCUAUUAGACUGUUGUUGUUUACCUUUGUUUUGUUGCUGGUGGGCGGGGUUCGAUUCCCCAGCGACUGCUUUCUUUCUUUAGGGUCCCCCCUCUAUACCGUUGUGUUGUGUUGUUCAGUCUUUUGACUUUUGUUUUGUCUGAAGGCAUUGCACUUUCCCACCAGGUGCUGGCCACUCACCUUAAAAACAAACAAACAACUAUGUCUUUUGAGUGUGGCGCGUUCAUAGUAUAGCAACCUCUAGUAAUAAAAAAUAACACAGUGAUCAGUAUCAAGGACUUAUAGCAUAACAUUUAUCUUUGUUUUUGACUUCCAGGGUCUCCCAGGUCCACCCGGACUGCCAGGAGAACAGGUAUGAACUUAAUUGCCUUUGCCGUAACACCUAACUUUGUCUCUUCCAGAUGAACGUUACUAAAUCGUAUCUAUUAGUCCAAUCGAUAAAAGGCAAUCGACUUCAGUCCCGACCACUUGUACCUACUUGAGUUUUGGCCCGUGCCCAUCGAGUCUAUCUUUUACCCUUCUCCUGGAGAGAAAUGUGUUAGACUUAAGAGAUUAUUACAGACCUUGAGAUUUUAGGACGAGGACAACGAGGAGGACGAUGAUCUAUACGCCACUUGUACAUCUUCCAUAAUGCACUUUAUUUGCCCCCCAGAAUUUUGCAUAACCUUUCUUUUUUAUUUCUCCUGGGUAUUACAGCCGUCCCAAGAGAAAUUGAGAACAAUGCUUAUGCAUAAUAUUGGGGGGCAAAUAAUGCAUUAUGGGAGAUGUGAAAGUGGCGUAUUCUGAAAAAAUUGGUACCCAGGAAAGCUUAGUUCAUGUUACUUUUUUCCCCACUAGAAAGGUUUGGACGGUUACUUUUAUCUUACUGAAGGAGGUUAAGCCCUCGCCUGAUUAAAAAAUGAUAUACUGCUAAAAUUCGAUAACUUAUUUCGGCCCCUCCAACUGCUGAAACCCGCAGUAGAUUGACGACGGGUAUCGCGUUUUUCUGCCAAAAUGACGCUGGAUCAUGCGUGCGCAAACUCGUAGUCUUCCCAAUUUCUCGCUAUUCGCCAGGCUACAUAUUUGGGUACCAAAGUCAUUAUCACACAUUACCAUACCCAAAGUCUGAGACCCGAAGACUCGAUGUUUUUAUUGUCCUUCUUGAAAAAAUUCAUUGUGAAAGAAAAUUGCUAUUAAAACCGGAGACCUUAAAUAUAGAAAUAAGUGGACCUCGUUGUGCAUUGCUGAUAUACGUUGUGACUACUUGAGUUAAUGACUUUUAUGAUAUGCUGCUUGUUGUUGUUGUUGUUGUUGUUUUUUCCCGUUUUUCUUCUGUUACUUCGCUAUUGUAAAACUAUGUUGUACUACAUUGUUUUGUUAUUGUAAAUUUAUGUUGUAUUAUGUUUACUGUACGCUUUUUUCUUUAGUUUAAUAAAUUAAUGAUUUUAAAAAAACAUGCCCAAAUACAGAGGAAAAUAAAAUUUAAACCCAAUUGAAACACAACGUAUAUAAAUGAGCAAUAGUUUCAUCAAGCUUUGUAUCUUUAUAGCUAACAAUUAAUAGAUAAACGUGGGUCUCGUUUCUAUUGCAUGUGGGGACAUUCUCAUGUUUUUUGGUUUUAUUUUGUUUACUCUGUAGGGCCCACCAGGACAGAAUCUCUAUGAAGCGGUAAUGUACCACAUACUCAUCCUCCUUGAUUCUUUGAAUAACUCCUAACCCAUUAAGCCCCAAUAUCCACAUACAAAUUCUACAAACUGAUCUCCAUACAUUUCCUCAAAGAAUUAGUUGAGAGAAUUUGAUAAAAGAUCAAAGAUUUUUCUCUUGGUGAUCAUUUUAUUAAUUCUCGUAGACUUUGCUCUUGACAAUCUAUGGAUAUUGUUAGGAGAAAAUUGAUUUUGGACACUGUUGGGGCAUAAAGGGUUAAUUAGUUUUGAAUAGGCCAUUUCGGAGUUGCCUCAAGCCUUUGUAUCGAAGCAAGGCUAAGUGUGAAGCCGUUGACAUGAAAAGAUUUUUUAUCCUCAUGCAAAUAUAAUAACAUUCAUUUUCACAAGAAAGGUUUUGCCCUUCGUUUUGUUUUGAAGGUGAGAAUUCUUCGAUCUCGGGAAUGACUUAUUCCUCACUUAAGAAACGGGAGGGUAACUGGGCCGAGUUAACUGUCGAAAAGACUCCUAGGACUGUUACUAGGGACAGGGAAAAAAUUAGCCAAUGGCUGGCCGGCAAGUCCCCUGUAAUAAUCCCAGAAACAAUUGCGGGACGCAUUUCGGCUCCAGUCCUUUUCUCGUUUCUAAAGCGGCGAUUAGAAUGAUCACACGAUUUCGUCCACAGGCUAACAACACUUAAAUAGCACUGCAAACACUGUCCACAGAGGUAUUGCUCAACACUCUUAUUUUAAUGUCACACUGAGGAUUGCAUCCACAGAUUCGAAAGAUAUAACAACCUUGUACAGCGCAAUAAACAGUACAACAUGCUUAGUAGCUCUCAAGAGAAUAUUAACAUUUCACCUCCACAGAUUUAAAACAUAUUAGGGCCGUUCAUACGGCGAGAGAAAUAAGCCGCGGCUUAUAUAAGACGCGAACAGCCCGUAUAAAUGGUACAAAGUGUAAGUUCACGGCUUAUUCAACUUACGGUUAGCUCAAGCCGCGGCUUACCUUGGACGUGAAAGUGUUCGUAUAAAUGCACUCAAACGAUUUCUUUACUGAAUUUGAGAAAAAAAACCGACUGUUUUGCAGUCUAUACUUGUAGCUUGUCAUCAUUGUCGUUUUUGUUUUCUCCUGUAGCUUUCGAAUCUCGGCUCCGCCGACAAAGGCCCUGUUCCUCCCAACAGACGGCGUAAGGUAAAUAUACAUCACUCUCCUUUUCUUGCCAACUUAAUCGAGGUUGUCUGAUCAAAAGCUUCCAAUCUUUCUGGUCUGGAAAUGUUUUUUAAGCAACCAGUCUACCAUCAGUGGUCUUUUUCGGAUCGACUUGGGCCUACUUAUACUGUAAUCAAUUAGCCCUUGUCGGUCCUGCAUUUUUACCACUGCGUGUCAUGCGAUUGGUAGGGGCGGAUCUAGGGGGAGGGUGCAGGGGGUGCGCACCCCCCGAGAUGACCUGCGGUUUUCUAAUACAACUGGUAUCUGCCAAAAAAAAACUAUGUGGUUUAUUGGUGUUGACGUAGAGCAAGAGACCAGUGCACCCCCUCCUAAAAAAAAAUCCUGGAUCCGCCCCUGAUUGGGUACCGUAAGGCCACCCAGAUUGGUCUCGGCACGGACCUUCGCCGUUUACAAACCAGUCCAAAACUCCUUACGAGGUUGUAGCAGCCCAGGGUAUAUACAACGUCAGAAAGUUACUGUAUGUUAUGAGGGAUUAAUCAGUUUUUACAUUUAAGUAAGAAAGUCUGGUGUUUAAAAUAGGUUUAUUUCGUAUGGGGUGCUAUCCACUAACUUACGCGUGUUACGCGAUUGGGUACCGUAAGGCCACCCAGAGAAGGUCUCGGCACGGACCUUCGCCGUUUACAACCCAGUCCAAAACUCCUUACGAGGUUGUAGCAGCCCAGGGUAUAUACAAAGUCAGAAAGUUACUGUAUGUUAGAGGGAUUAAUCAGUUUUUACAUGUAAGUAGAAAGUCGGGUGUUUAAAACAGACCUUAUUUCGUAUGGAGUGCUAUCCACUGACUUAAGGAAUACAUUUCAAAAUCAUGACUUACGUUUUGAACAGCAAUGUCUUAAUGUCACAAAUUCAAGGUGAUAAACGCAGUUUCAGUCAAGGAAACUGUCAUCGCCUGCGAGCAAGCUCUCCGUUUGUGAGAGUCGCGAGAAGACACGUGAGAGUAUCAAACUACAGGUGACGCAGAAUUAAGUAUUUAAUAAAAAAAAAAAAAACUAGCAGAGCAUUAUGGAAUUAGGAAUUAGGUUUUUUCGAAAAACAAAUUGUGGCUACCUCACUUACCGCAAAAUGACAACGAAAACGAAACGCUUUGGUCGCCAAUCUUCACUAUAAGUAAUCUUAACUGUUUGUUCUCAAUGCACAAUUGAAAAUGAGUGAAUUUAAGUAAAAUGGCUUUUAUAAGCUUAAGCUUCCCAAAAGUAGCUCAAAAAAGACAACAACCCUUUCCGCCCCGGCUCUGUAUUUUUUUAUCGACUCAAACGACCCUAUUCCACUCCAUUUCCGAAAUGUUUUUCACUUUUUUAGAAAAAACCAUAAAACCUCGUUGAUAAAUGAAGUUGAGGCCUUUCUUAUCAGGAGUGUUUGUUUAAUUUUUCAUAUUGGACGUAUCAUUUUUCUCACACGUGAAAAAACAUCGUUCGCGAUUAUGUUUUUUUCAUAUUAUAUUAUGAUUAUAUAAUAUUUUGAUUUUAAUUUAUUCUUUUUAAUUUUUUUUAGCGAUCACUAGAGGAUGAACAAGACCACGAGAAUCUGGCAGCAACCCAUUUUAUCGUGGUAUUACUUCUACUGUUUCAUGAUUUCUUGUCAACUCAAAAUCACACGUUAUAAUUUCCCUCAAGAACUGGAAACAGAUAGUGUCAUUAGGGUCAAAUCAUAGUAUUUUUUUCACAGACAUAACGAUCACCUUUAUCUGUGAUUUGAUGCCUUCUUGAAGGAGCUUUCACGAAAUUUAUUAAAAUUCAAACGGUAGAAACUGUGACAAAAUUGAGUGAAACAUAAAAAUUACCGCUCAAAAAGUUAAAGAAAGGUAUUAAUAAGAUAGUAAAUACAAAAGGCUCGGAUGGACAAACUUGAAGAAGAUUUAAACGGAUUGCAAUUUUGGUUUCUGAAAACUUGUUAGCCUAACAGUUUUUCAAAGUUCAUUUUUGUUGUUUAUAACGUGUAACACGAAGGUGUGAUCUUGUCCUUGCUCAAGUUCCAUGAUAGCGUAAAACAACGCGUAGUUGGGAUCAAAUAAAAUGAACUAGCCAGCCAUAUCAUAGUCCCUUUAAGGUGAUGUUACACGGGAAGAUUCGCAACGACUAUUUUUAGCGCAACACAACGUUGUAACAUUGUUCCGACAUUGUUUCAAAUCGCUGUAACACUGUUCCAACAUUGCAACGCUGUGUUGCGCAAAAAAUCGCCGUUGCGAAUCGUCCCGUGUAACAUCACCUUUGAAUGUCCUCGAAGUAGCAUGCGCUAGAAAGGGAAGGGAAAGAAUCGGAGAAGCGCGACCUCCCUUCCUUUCUUCACGCGUCUUUCUCCACUCGUCUUUCUCCCUGCGUCUUUCUCCACGCGAGUAGAUUUUUCCGUUCUUAGAGCUGUACAGUGCCUGAUACAUACAUUAGCACUCUUCUAGCUAACGUAACAUUAUAAGCUCUGAUUGUUGCGUGUUUUGUUUUGUUUUUUCUUUUCUUAGAGUGAGGAAGUUGACUAUAUGACCAGCCUAGUAAGAAACAAAAUCCUCAAUUACAGAGCUCAGAUCGGCGACGAAGAGCACCCUGCGCGUUCGUGUAGAGAUAUUCAGCUGGAUCACCCCAACUCCCCGAGCGGUUUGUAACUCUUUUGUUUGUUGGUUGGUUUGGUUGAACUUAACGUUUGUUCGUUAAAUCUCAAAAGUAGUGACCUUAAAAUCCAACAACAGCGGCGACGCAGGUAAAAACAUCGCUGAAAAAUAGACCUCGCAUCCUUUCAAACUAUUUCGCGAUUAAUCCUAGUCGCCCUGUUACUCAAAAGAAGGUAAAUUUGAUCGGAGCUGAAGGAACUGGACCGCGUGCGAGUUCAGACAGAGAUAAUAAAUUUUUCGCCUUGCCGUUCCCGUUCUCAAGUUAACUUAAAAUUGGCCAUUUCGCGGAGUAGUGCAAAGACGGCAAAGAAAGUUCCAAAAAGCACGAUUCACUUGCAGAGUUGUUGUUUUAAUGGCUUUUUCGAGGUUUCCGUUGCCUUUGCCGUCGUACUUUCGUAAGGUUGCUAAUUUCUUUCUGUUAAUGAGACGUAAUGGAUGUAACCCCCCCUUUAGCUCCAAUUAUACGCCCCUGAAUUCGAUUGAUUAUGACAUUUUGAAGCUUCAUUAAAAACCAAGGUGCAUUUUAUCAGCACUGUUAUAGCUUGUUCCAAAGCGCUCUUUCUGUUACGGUUAUAAACCCUUCAUAUUUAAUCCUCUUCGUUUAUAACCCAUCCUAAAACCCCUUGCAAAAAUAUAUAAGCGGCGUUCAGCGUUCUCCGUAUGUUAAAUUCAGUGGCAACUGCAAGAGAGCUUUUGUUUAGACCAGCCUUACUUCAGGAAAGCAUAUUUUCAAGGCUGUUUUCAUAACGUGUAGUCUCUCUUUAUAAUCAUAGGUGAGUACACGAUCGAUCCAAACGAGGGAUGCAGCAGCGAUGCUGUUAAAGUAUACUGCGAUUUUGAGAAACAAGCAACCUGCGUCAACCCGAUCAAGAGCAAGGUAAAAAAUAGUUGCAAGAGUCCAGCAUAGUCCCUAUGCCUUCUCUCUUGCCUAGCCUGUGCCAGGCUCUCAGUCUGCAGACUAGCGAAAACAGCGAGAGAGCAGUGAAAUACCGAAUGAGCGAACAAUAGCGGCAAGGGAGAGCCUGUAAACAUCUUUUUAAAUACCUCAAUCCGCCUACCUCCAGAAAAACCGUUUCUUGAGUCAAAAUGUCAAGUGUCAUAACGUCAAAAGUUGCUGUGUAGGAAGGUCUCACAUGCUCGUGCUUAGACUGAGCGCGCGAAGCCGGAUGAUUGACGUUAGUGUUAAAAAAACUGUCACAAUGACUGACCAAUCGUAGGGUAUACAGGGAGCUGGUAUACCGGAAUGAGGUAUUGAAAACAGUGCUCACAGGAACCACCACUCUGUCUCUCCCCAGACCCCUUGCGGUUGAAAACCAGUUUCCCACAGGAACCACCCUGUUUCUCAAAAGUCCCGAUAAUUAACGUGCCCCAAACCCCUUGUUGUUUACAUGAAAGGUUUUUGCAUCUUAAAAACUAUUUAAUGAAACGAAAUCCAUUUUGCUUUCCCCACUAUUCUUUUUAUUUUAAUCUGAAUAUUUGAUUUCGGGCCCGACAAGUUAUCGGGACUUUGGAGAAACGGGCCCCUGGACCCGUUUUCCGCGCAAAGUUUGGUAAGGUGUAGCUGAUAGAACGCGUGGCAAGUGUUCCUCGCUAACGUCACGGCGAGCUGAGAUCGCCAAGAGACUAGGCUGACAAGACUCCAGUUAUUAUUAGUGGUUUAUAUUUACCGGCUGUUAGAGUUUUCGUUGAUAGUAAUGUUGCAUUUUUUCAUGUAGGUUGUUGUUGGCGCAAACGAAACCGGACCUGGAAAAUGGACAAACGAGGACGAACCGGUAACUCUUACUAGUUCAAGUUCUUUUCAGUAUGAAAUUUAAACGUCCUUGAGGUUUGAAAACAAGAAAAUCUUUCUGGAAUCAGCUAGGCCUGACUGCUCACUUAAAUGGUCGUUAACUAUAAUCAUGGACAAAAGUCCUUGGGACAGUAAUGCAAUAUUCAUCUUUAUUCUGUCAUUCUGGGUUCCCUCAUAAAACAGUGCAUCCUUUUCGAAAUUUUCUAGCAGUUUUCUCCCCUCCCACCCCCUUGCAUACAAUGUUGACAUGCAUGGUCAAACAUUAUUUGAAGGGCUUGUGACGAGUCGCUGUUUAGACGUUUGUCCAUGAUUGUUGACAUGAGGAUAUGGUGCAUCCAUUCCCAAGCCAAUGAAGUUGUGACGAGUCGCCGUUAGUUUGACUUGCGUAUGGCGCAGUCAUUCCUUUUUCAUAGCUACCUCAAUGUCUCCUAAUAUCUGAUGCCCCGUAUUUUUCACUUGAUUUUCAGAUCGAAUACAAGCUGAACUCAGUACAACUGAAAUUCCUUCGCCUCCUAAGCAGGAGCGCCUUCCAGGAAAUGAACUACAGCUGUACUGAAUCCAGCAGCGCGCAGACUGGCUGCAUGGUUGAUCUGAAAGGCGAAAAUGAAGUGGCGUUGAACGAUUUAGACAAGGUCAACCUUGAUGUUACUGAGGUAGGUAGUUCCUGAACUUUAAGAAAGAUGCGCGUGUAGAUGUGAUCCUCGCAGUUAUAUGUUAAAAAAGCAGCGGAAAAACUUCUGACUUGACGGGACUCAAACAUUGUAAUUUGAUGAAUCGCUGUCAACACUUAAAUCAGUCUUGAAGUGAGCUCAGUAUUCAAGGUAACUAGAGUCAGAAAGCUUGAAAAUUGGAAGUUCUUGACAUACUGGAUAACGGAGAUGAAAUUUCAGUUAUACCGCAAGACUUAAAAAACGUAAAUUCCUGCUUGUUCUGGACAAGCAGCUCUUACAUAUAAAAUUAGCUUGCUCUGAGCAUGAAGUAACUUGCCUGGCAGGGAAACGUACUCAUCCCGGACAAGGAGGCUGUUGCCUGUUUAUUUAACACCCGUUAACUUUUCGGUUUGUUAUGAAAUGUUCACAUCAAAAUUUAUGGAAUAAUAUCGCAGGUCCUAGCUAACAAACCAGUCCGUUUUGUUUUGUUUUUGACAGUUGUGUUAUAUUAUCUACAAAACUAUUGAAACCUCGAUCUUGAAUGUAAACAACAACAGCUGUCCGGGCCCGUUGACUAUCGAGACUUUAGAGAAACGGGUCCCUGGAUUAUUUUCGAGGUUCGAUCCCGGGAUUCAAACUCCUACCAAUACACUGAACACUCGUGAUUUUUAAUGUCACCUUUUUUUUGCAGACCUCCCAAAAUGGAAAUAAGAAAAUGACCAUCGAAGUGUCUACUAAAAGGAAAAACAGCCUUCCAAUAGUAGACUGGGCACCACAAAGUCAAGUGGACUCGCAAUUAACAGUUGAAUUGGGUCCCGUAUGUUUUGUGUAUUAGCUGCUGACCCUACAGACGGCUCUUACAUUGUACAUUGUCGAAUUUGCUUAAACUAUUAUAGCGCAAAGAAACACAAGGUCAAGUUCGAACAUUCAGAUGUUCUUUUAUUAUAGCGGUUGUCGAUUCUUGUUCUUCUUAGGUGAUUU